AUGGGUCUGUACAGACCUUUUCAGACACUGUCUGACACGUGUAAAAAUACUGAUGUCCUUGGUAUCCCUCGCUUCAAGGAACUCCUACGACGAUUCUUGUUUGAUCACGAGAACCCCGAUUCCGAGCAGCCAGGCGACGCAGUGAGCCUUCAAGACUGCCCUCACAUCGCCUCCUCCGCGCGGAUCCAUCUCUUCAAUCACGCCAUCUCUACCUACUAUGCCCCCAGCGAGAUCCACAGCACUAACGGUAUGCAUCGCGACCUUCUGCGAUGCAACCCGAGGUGGUUCCACGGCAAAGGACGAUAUGACACUUGUCUUGUACAGAUCGAUGAUGGCGCGGUCGGCCUCGCAAGCAUGAUUCCCGCGCGGAUACUCUCCUGUUUCUCAUUUCUGGAGUGGUUUGAGUACGAAGACGACAGUCCCGACCCUAUCACCGGCAUGUGGAUCGUGCAGCCCGAGUUCAACGAGCACAACCAGAAGGCAUGCGGAGUCAUCCCCAUCGACUCCAUCGUCCGGUCUGUCCAUCUCGUCGGGGUGUGCGAGCAAAUCACCAUGCCCCGCGAUCACGAUUAUCGGGACUCUCUGGACGCCUUCUCACGCUUCUACGUCAACUGGUACUCUGAUUAUCACGCUCACGAAGUCCUGUAG